CUCCCGGCCCCCCACACUUGCUCGCUUGGCUCCGCCCCACCUCUUCGUGAUCCCGCCUACGGCGACAAAUCCACAUCAUGCCGCCCCCCUUCCCGCGCGCACCCGCCAACUGGGUGCCGCUCACGUUUUUCUCCUUCCCCCCUCAGCCGGACCUCCUGCGAUCGGGGGCCCCAUUUCUGCCCUCCUUCGACCCGUGCUCGUUGAUGGUGCAUGCCCUCCUGCGGGUCCUCUCCAUCGACCAUCUGGUCCACGAGGUGACCGACCCGACACACGUGCCAACCGGCACCAUCCCUGCCCUGCGUCACGGGGCCGAUCUCUUUGCCGACCCGCUGGACAUCGCCACCUACCUGUCGUAUGAUGCCCUUCUUCGGCUGCCUGGGCACCAGUCCCCCGGGCCGGUGGACCUCUCGGAUCCCACAUGCCUGGCUGGCUUCUCCUCGGCCCCCAACUACAUCCCAGAUGAGAUGACUCUCCUUCCGCAUGUGGCCCUCCUGCCGGCCCUGUCGGCCGCCUCCACCGGCCACACGGCCGCCAUCCUGUCCCACCUGAUGGAUGCCUGGAUGUUCCUCCUUUUCAUCGAGCCCGCCAAUGCCACUCUCUCGCGGACCCCCUAUCAGAGCUUCUUUGGGACCCUCUUUUCCGGCAGCUCCGCCUACCAUCGCCGCAUGCGCGAGGUCCUGGCCCACUUCCACCUGUCUGAGCGGUCGACCCCGGAGGAGUUGAUCUUCGUCGCGGAGUCGGUUUAUGCCCGGGCUCUGUCCACUUUCUACCACCUGAGCCAGGCUCUCGGGAAGUCGGACUUCUUCGACGAUCCCGAGCUCCCGGGCAUCCUCGACUGCGCGGCAUUUGCCUUCCUUGGUCUCUUCUACUGGCACGGUCUCCCGGAGGUCGGGCCAUUUGGCCAUGACACCAUCUUUGAGACUCUGCCGAAUCUCCGAGACUUCGUCCUGCGUAUGCGCGACCGCCUGGACUUCUCGCCAAUGUGCCGCAUGCCCAUGGCCCUGGACUAUGCCACUGGCAAGGCCACCUCCACGUGCUGUCUGUCCCCCCUGUGUCCCCACUUCGCUCUCUCGCGCUCCUCGUCCUGGACGGAUACCCGUGCCUUUGGUGCAUCCAAUGCCUGCUGCCAUCGGCACCGAGAUCUACGACUCCGGCCACAUGCGGAGCCCUCGGUCGACCCUUCGGACGAACCCAACAGCGCGGCUGACAUCGACGCUCAGCCGCCCGCCGAUCCGGAUGCCGAUGAGCCCAUCUGGCGUGCACUUGACCUGCUGAACAUCCGCGAGCUGCGGGAGUUCAUUCGCCGGCGAAAGGCAGCCACCGCGAGCCCCGAGAAGGCCACCAGCCCGACGGAGCCAACGGUCACCGACAUCCCCGAUGACGAUGACGAUGGUCCUGAGCCUCCUCCCGGCUCCUCGAGCUCCCCGCCACAUCCGGCCGGCGACGCCAAGGACGCCAAUCACCACCCCGGCCCUGACGACACGCCUCCCACCCCGGACAACCCCGAUGACCUUGAAGAUGUCCCCUCCUCGCUGGACCUGAAUUCCCCCCUCGGGGAGGACUACUGGGAGACCAUUUUCGUUCGAUUCUGGAUGGAACGCGCCGUGGCGCUGGGUCUAUUGCUGGCAGCCGCUGCUUUGACAACCAGCGGCGUGAACCUGCUUACAUUCGUGCAAAUGACGACGGUCCACCAGGAGCCAAGCCCGGCGGCCCUGGCAGGGGGCCGCCAGGCGGCCCGUAGCUUUGCGGAGGCAGUCCGCCGUGCGGCGGAGUCGGCCCUCCAGGCGGCAUCAUCCCCGGCGGCCCGUCCAUAGGCGCGCCCCAGGCACCGCCAGGAGGACCACCAACCCCGGGAGGCGGCAGGAAGGCCCCACCCCGGAAGCCGCCGCCCAUCAUCAUGCCCGGCGGCGGAGCCCCGAAUGGCGCCUGGUGGGGCGGCGGCGGCGGCAUCAUGCCCGGCAUGUGGUGCCUCGGCGGCGGCCCAUGGUGCAUCAUCGGCCCGGGCGGAUGAUGAGGACCGGGGUGGUACAUGCCACCCGCCCCGGGGGGAGCCGCCCCGGGGAAGCCGCCGGCCAUGGCUGGCUGCACCAAUCCGGCCGACAUGGACGACGGCAGGACCAUCGAUCCGCCGGCGGGGCUCGGCCGCGAGCUGGUGCCAUCCUCGGCGCCCUGUUGGAUCGACCGGGCCAGCAGCCGCUCUGUGUGCGUUGUUCCCCCGCCCCCCAUACACACAUGCCGGAAAGGCAAAUCGUACAAAUACAUCGAGAAAGGCAAGA